CUCCAACAUUUCCAAAAUGACAGUCAGCUGACGAGAAAAGUUUUGGUUUCCGAACUCAUAUGUUAACGAGCUCUGAGAUUCAGCGACCCCAUUGGCUAUCUCCGAACCUCAUACGUCACGGCAGCUAUAAAACUCAGCAAAGCUUUUAAACUGUACUGUAGUUUAGGUUUAAAAACCAUUUCAGCUCAAUCUGUGUCAGCAAGCGCACUUCGUUUAUCUACGUUCCAGUCAACCGUUUGACCACGAUGAUGUCUGCUAAUGAGGAGUCACCAAAGUGUUAAAUGUUUGAAAUCUAAGAUCUCCGAAAUUCACUUGUAAAGGGAGGAGAAAUAUAUCCGAUGCAUUUUUGCAAUAGACUGUGCCAACGAGAGCUCAUAUUCUGGAGUUAGGAGUGCAGUGCAAAGUCCUGUGAGGUCUCCGUUUUCCAGCUAAUUGUAAAACAUUUGAACAUCAUCAAGCUGGCUCUCUCUCUCCCGACCCAGCCCGCUUUGACAGCUGCUUUUCACCCGCUCUGGAGGACAGUCAGCAGCAAGAGGAUGGCAUCAGAGCUGGCACUGAGCAGCUCCGACCUGCCCACCAGUCCCCUGGCCAUGGAAUAUGUUAAUGACUUCGAUCUGAUGAAGUUUGAGGUGAAGAAAGAGCCACUGGAGCCCGAUCGCAGCAUCAGCCAGUGCAGAAGCCUGAUCGCCGGGGGCUCCCUGUCUUCCACCCCGAUGAGCACGCCAUGCAGUUCGGUCCCCCCUUCCCCAAGCUUCUCGGCACCUAGCCCUAGCUCCGGGAGCGAGCAGAAAGCGCACCUGGAUGAUUUCUACUGGAUGACCGGCUAUCAACAGCAGCUCAACCCGGAGGCGUUGGGCUUCAGUCCCGAGGACGCGGUUGAAGCGCUGAUCAGCAGCACACAUCAACUCCAGAGCUUCGACGGCUAUGCUAGAGGACAGCAAUUCAGUAGCGCGGGCGGCGCGGGAGGCGCAAUGGCCGGGGAAGAGAUGGGAUCCGCCGCCGCGGUGGUGUCCGCAGUCAUUGCCGCCGCUGCAGCGCAGAACGGGGCACCUCACCACCAUCACCACCAUCAUCAUCACAGCCACCACCAGCAGCACCAAACCCCCGGGGUCCAGUCCAGCAACAGCUCCUCUGCCACCCACCACCAGCACUCCCACCUGGAUGACCGCUUCUCGGACGAGCAACUCGUUACCAUGUCCGUGCGGGAGCUCAACCGGCAGCUGCGCGGCGUCAGCAAAGAGGAGGUGAUCCGACUCAAACAGAAGAGGAGAACCCUCAAAAACAGAGGCUAUGCCCAGUCGUGCCGCUACAAGAGGGUCCAGCAGAGGCACGUAUUGGAGGGCGAGAAGUCACAGCUCAUGCAGCAGGUGGACCACCUCAAACAAGAGAUCUCCCGACUGGUGCGUGAGAGAGACGCAUACAAAGAGAAGUACGAGAAGCUCGUGAACAGCGGCUUUCGAGAAAACUCGUCGAGCAGCGACAACAACCCCUCAUCCCCGGAGUUUUUCAUACUAAAAAAGUGAAAGGAGCAUCAUGCCAUCAUCAUCUCCAUGAAAAAGGUCGUUCCAUACAGUUAAUUCUCUGUUGAGAACCAACUGGAAGCUUUGUUGCGAGGGAGAGAACAAGGACCUGGUUUCUGAAAGGAAUUCUCCCUCCGGGACUUAAACAGUGUUGUUGCUAAAAGCGGUUUGUGUAUUUAAUGUCAAACAUUUGCAUUUUGAUAAUUCUGGAAUGAACUCCUUUUUUUUUUAUCAUAUAAGAACAGUUAGUGGUAGUUCAUGCCACAGGUUGACAUGGAGAAGUUAACUUAGAGUUUAGAUGUUGCCUGUUUCUUCUUGUUAUAAGUUUGGGAAGGCUCCAAGUUUGCAUAGAGCUGGAUUUUUAUAAUGCGUAACUUGAGCUUUUUUGCAGCAUGUUCUUGCAAUGAAAACAACAGUUUGACAGUUGUAGUUCCUUUUGUAGCCUGCCAUUUACUGUAUUUUAAAACCAAAGUAUUAAAGUAGAAUUUUAAGUCAACACAGAACAUCAUGUAUUCAGGGGGGG